CCCGGUCCUCCACGGGUGGCUUCCUCGGAUGGGACGCCGGCGGCGCGGAUACCUCCCCGCCUCCCCCGGAGCCAGUCUUGCUUUUGUUGCCCUCCUCGGCGUCGUGCCCCGCGGCCUGAUCUCCCGCCUGCCAACGGGACAGUUAAAUGUGCUUGGGUUAGGCCGUUAGAAAGGGUGCUGUAGUGAGUGGUCCGAGGAAGCAGAGCCCAAGACCAAACAGCAGCAAUGUUGUCAAGGGCGCCACCACGGCGAGGCGCGUGAGGAGGAGUGUGAGGACCAGCUUGCAGGCCUGUCACCCCACACAUGGACGCAACACCCCACGCCGCCCAUUCCACUGUGUUCCCCGGUGCAUCCAUCUUCGUCUGCCUGACUAAAACUUCAAUCAUGGCUACCUGAGAGCAGGGGAGUAAUCAUGGGCUCCCACCUGUGGGGGCUCACUGUUUAGGAGAGGUCCCCAAUUUUCACACCUCUCCAAACACAAGGAAGCUCAUGGAAGACUUAGUGUUAAACUAUGGAUUGCUCAUUGUGUGUUUGAUUGAACAACUUGUGUAUUUCAACAAGUGAAAUUCCUUUUGUGGAUGGCUAAAAGACACUGAGUCACUGUUAUAGCUGUAAAUAAUACCUUUUAGUUCAUUCUUGUGAAUAACUCUUGUGCCAACUUCCUGUCUUUCAUACUCAUGGCUGUGAAUCUGCUGAAGCUCUAUUUUCCUACGUAGCUAAUUUUCAUCAUGCGAUGAGUUUGUACCUGACAAACUUCAACUGCACAAUGCAGUUGAAGAUAGUGCUGCAUUUUUAAAGAAGACUUUGAGACACUGGGAAGUGUUGCAGUUACACUUAAGUGUUGGUGAAGUUUCUGACCAUGGGCCGCUGUGAGGUUGGUGAAUGUACACAGGGCUGUCGGUCACGGCAGCAUGGGGCCCAGAUCACCGCAGCAAUCAUAAGGGGCACAGAGACCCAGGCAGUUGCUUACAUGAAGAACCUGUGUCAGCGCUUCUACUCAGUGACUGAUGCCACAGGGAAGACGGCACUUCACACUGCAGCAUCUUGUGGUAAAAGAAGGGUUGUGAAGUGGCUCAUGUCACAUGGCUCACCCUUAAAUCAGCGGGACUGGGAGAGCGGGUAUACCCCUUUACAUCGUGCCCUUUUCUAUGGCCACCUUGGUACUGCCUGCACCCUUAUUCAGGCUGGCAGCAGCACUUCCACCCUUGAUAAUGAUGCCCUCACCCCCUUGGAUCACAUCAACUUUGACCGGGCCCGUUCCAUGUCCUUCACUUCCUCUAGACCAACUCAAGUGUACCUUUGGGGAAACAACACAAAUUUUAAUCUUGGGCAGACUAGUCAGCAAGCUCGAGGAACUCCAGAAUGCUUAGACAUCUUUCACCGUGAGGGCCACAAAAUUUCUGACGUGGUGCUAAACAAGUUCCAUACCUUGUUUUUGACUACUGGUGGCCGGGUGUACACUUGUGGCCAUGGUCAGGGAGGCCGUCUGGGCUUGGACACCAAUGCUCCAGUCAUUACUCCUCGUCCCAUUAAGGCCUUCACUCACAUCAAUGUAAUUAAAAUUGCCAGUGGAACACACCACUCACUCUUCUUGACAGAUGCAGGACAGGUGUUCAGCUGUGGAAGUAACCUCUAUCAUCAACUUGGUUUAAGUCCUCCCCCUGAGUAUGUCUACACUCCAAAGUUGUUGACAUGGCACAAGGAUCACAAGGACACAGUCAUCACUGGCACUGAGGCAGCGAAAUAUCACUCGGUUAUUUGGACACCUCGUGCAUUGUACACAUUUGGUCUCAAUGCAGGCCAGCUUGGGCAUUUCAGGAAUACUAAUGAAUCCACUGUUGUAACUCCAAGAAAUGUUACCAGUAUUGUUUUAAAGGAAGAUGGGAAUCUUACUUGUGUAGGAGUAAGUGAUGGUGCCACAGUACUGUCAACGUCACAUGGUGCUAUAUAUGUUCUACACCAAUACCAGAUCCGCAAAGUAGCAUCCAAGAUGCUGGGAGUUGUCAAAGUGGCUUGUGUUGGUGGUCACCUUGAUUCUAAAGUUGGUGCUAAAGGGCUGAUACAGCAUGGAGGGGAUGAUUUGAAAAUUGCAGUUCUAGUAGGAAGAGGAGCUCAUCAUCUUUACCUUUGGACUGAGCAGUCCUCUCAUCUCUCUCGGUGCACAUUUAAUAUCAGCCGAGAAAUAUGUGUUGUUGAUUUUUGUAUGAGCUCCCAUUGUCUUGGGAUUGUGACAAAUAGUGGUGAGGCUUUUUCUGGUGUGAUUUCACCUUCUCGAACACAGAAAGGCAAUGAGAAACCACCACUGCGUAAAUCUCUGUGGACCUCAGGGCAUUCAGCAGAUACAUACUACACCACUUCUUGCAUCACUUUACGACUCACACGGAUUCCUGCUCUGCAUCGCACCUUAUCCAUCAUGUGUGACCCUAAAGGCUUGAACUUUGCUGCCCUACAGAAUGAUCCUGUCAGUUUUCUGUCAAAUUUUCCACAAGUAAGCCCCAGUACUUUCAAUGAAAAUUUCAAAUCCUUUUGGGAAAACACAUAUGAAACUGACACUAUCCAUGAUGUGGUGGUAAUAUGUGGAAAGCAAAGAUUUCCUGCCCACUCAUAUAUUCUUGCCACACACAGCCAGUACUUUCACCGUAUCCUGCUUCAUGAUACAAAUAAUCCAAACCAUGUACAUAAUCAGAAUGCCUGGAACACUCAAAAUGAAUCAGAAGUGAAAUGCUUGGUGCUGUCUGAUGUUCAACCCGAAGCUUUUCAAGAAGUUCUAAGCUUCAUGUAUACUGGAUCCUGCAAGCAUAUAUCAUUCAGAAAUGGCAUCAGUCAUGCUGAAAGAAAUAUAGAUAAUGUAAAUGGCAAUAUCUCUGACUUAAAUGAGUGGGAGAUAUACAGAAAUUUGCAUCAACAGUCAGCUCUCUCAACCAAUUUAGAAGUUGAAGAUACAAAGGUAUCAGAGAAGUCAAGGAAAAGAAAAGGGAAAAAUUUGGCGGGACCCUCAAACCUCUUGCAAGCUGUUCUUUCUUUGGCAAGAAAACUGGAAGUACAAACACUUGAACAGGCUCUCAUGAAUUAUAAGAGAAUGGAAAGAACUGAAGAAGAAAUGUAUUUUGAUCUUAUGGAGUGUAGGGAAAAUUUUUCUUAUUGCCGAAAAAACCUGCCAGAGCUGUGGGAUGUCACGGUGACCAGCAAGAAUGGAGAUGCCAUAAGAGCCCACAAAUGCAUUUUGGCAGCAAGAUUAGAGUAUUUCAGCAUCAUGUUUGGCUCUAGAUGGAAUGAGGCAGUUGCAUCAGAAUCCAUAAGCAUGCCCCUUCCCACAAGUAUUCUGACUGUAAUCCUUGAUUACCUCUAUGAGGAUGAUGCUUCAAAGCUCUGGCAGUGCCAUGAUACUGAGUUUCUGUGCAAUGUUUUGGUGGUGGCUGACCAGUUCCUGAUAACACGGCUGCGGGAACUGUGUGAAAAAGCUAUCGCUGGUCUUCUUACAUUAAAAAAUGCUGCUGAACUGUUAGAAUUUGCAGCUGGAUACAAUGCAGUGGGACUGAAGACUACAAUAAUGCAGUUUUUAUGCCAGAACUUAGUUGCUGUGCUAGAAAAUGGGACACUUCUUUCUUCUGUGAGUCAAGAAAGGCUUCAAGAGCUGAGUGAAUAUUAUAGAAGUGUUAAUGACUGCAUGUCAUACCGCAUCAUGACUCCACAUGAUGUUCCUCCUGACACAAAGGACCUUCAGCACAACUUGGAUGAAAAUCCUUUUAUCUUACAAGAAUCUGAUGAAGAAAUGGAAGGCACAUUUCAUUUAAAGGAUGAGAAGGCAUUUAUGAGUGGUGGAACCCCUGGAUCGUCACGCAAAAAGAAGCGACAGCACCGAAACAGCCAAGGAGAUGGUCGGCACCGCAAGCCCUCAACCUCCUCCUCUGUGUGCUCCUCAGACUAUGACCAGAAGGAAUUGGAGGAGGAGUUUGAGAAUAUGAGUUUUGAUGAUUUGGAGGAGAGGAAGCAAUCCCCUGUGGGAGAAUCUGUUGAAGUGGAGACCACAAAGGAGGAAACCAACAGCCUGACUGGAAAUGUUUUAAAGAACUGGGACAAAGACAUUACUCAGUCAAAAUCAGAUAAUGCUUCAUGGCAGAAAGUUAAAAAAAAGAAGAGCACUUCUAGCCAGCCAGUCAGUAUAACAGUGAAGUCUCCAGUACAAUCUCCUGCAAAAGAAAAUACUUGUUUAGACAUUUUUCAGUCUGCAGGUAUUACACGACAAAAUUCUCAGGACACAAAUACAUAUUCAAAUGUGUCAUCCAGCAGCAGGGUUGAAGAGAGCUCUUUCCCCAAGUUUCCAAGUCUACAAGAAUCCAUAUCCACUGCACAGCGAACUGUUCACACCACCAAAAACAGUAAGAUACAAAAGCUCUCUCAAAAGCAGCGGAAGAGGUUGAUUAGUGAAACCGCAAACACCCCACCACCUGACAAAGUCAAAGUGCCUCCCUGCCCAUGGGGUUCAUCUUCUCCCGCCUGGGGUAAAGAAAAAGGAACAGAAGAUACCAGCUCUGAUACCAGUAGUCUGGCAAACAUUAUGAUGUCUGAGAUGACGAAGGUUAAGAAGAACAGCAUUCCAAUCAACAUCCCAGAUAACAAGAACAGACCGACUACCAUUAUCCAAAACAAGAAUGGUGGAACUCCAAGCAACAGUUACAAGGACCAAGAAUCAGUAGCUUGGUCUGCAGUCACACCUUCUCCAACAUCCACCAUCAACAGCCCUCCCUUAAAUAACAAUGGGCAGUUAACCAUUAAAGCAACCAGCAGUGAUUGUGCUGCACCAAGUUUCACCCACAUACUAAUGGAAGAGGAGACGCGCUCAGACAACCUGUUGAGAGAACGCUCAAAACCUCUUUCUCUAAUCCAGGUAGAGGACCGUGCUAUUGAGGAGCUUUUGGCAUUCUAUGGAGCAGGCGAAUGUUUUGAAGAGAGGAUUACAGUUACCCGGGUAAGAGGAUCCAUUGCAAACCCUACAUGGAGUAAAUGAUUAACCUCAUCAACCUGUCAUGUGUAUUAGCUCCCCUUGGGUUGUGUCAUGCAUCCAGUGUGUGUUUUUAUCACGUUUUCAGUUGCUAAUGAAAACUCAACAGACAGACAGAUUAAAGACCUUGCUUUAAUUUCAAACAAAUGCAUAUUUUAAAUAGAGCAAUAAAUCACUUUUUUUUUUUUUGUUGUUGAAUUAUAGCAUUAAAAGGAAACAAUUAUAAUCAAAAAAUUAUUCUUAAAGGCUAAUGGAAUAUCACUGGCCACUGAGAUGGGAAAAUCAGUAUGUAGACUUACAGAUGUGUUAAUUAGUGUUCAUUAUGCCCAGUCAUGUGGUAAUAUUUGUUUAUCAGAUAUACAGUUGAACUUUUGAGUAUUGGCCUUAGGAAUUUUAUUCCUGAACAACCUUGAGAAGUUUUUUGAAAGAUAUUUUGUGUGUAUAUCAUUUAAUUUAUACAUGAACAACCUCCAUAAUUCUGUGAUCAGAUGAUGGCAAAUGUACAUUGGUUAAUGGAAAUAUGACCUUAACCUUGAUCCACCUAGGCAUGCUAUGGCACCCCUAUUUCUCUAAUUUUUCAGACUGAUACCCUAUUUAUAUAUAAGAUGUUUUAAGUGCCAAGAACACUGCACUCAACUUCAUAGCAAUGUAAGGAGUAAUAUGUAAUACCUGCAUACACAUAUCACUGUAAAGAGAAAAAGCCUUUUUCAGCUUUGUAAAGUGGAUAUUGAUGGAAAGGUAAUAAUUUCUUUAAAAGGGACAUGCUAUCAUUGAUGGAUCUUGAAUUAUAUAAAUGAGAUGAGCUUAACUCCACACCUUAGUUAAUGACCUGUAACAUAGAAACUAGAACUGUAUUCAUGCAUAAUCUUCAUAUUCAUAUUCGAAUGCGAAUAGGCCAUUAAUGGAAAGGAAAGGUAAUUUAUUUUUGACAAAUUUAAAAUCCCAUUUGUUCAUGGUGAAAAUUCUUCUCAACACCUUCAAUUCUUUUUUUGUCUAUUAAAAUCUAGCAGAAAGAUAAAAAAAAAAAUUCUUUAGCACUGCUGGAUGUACCUGAAAGGUGUAAUUUGCAAGAAAUGCAAUGCUCAACAUAUGCAUUGUCCUAGUGAUGUUACCACAAAUUAAGAUACUGGCAGACAAAAAUGUAAACCAGAAAUCUAUAGUGUCAUGUGAUAGCUAUUUUAAGUCUGACCUUGUUUCCAUAUAGUUUCCUAGAAAGCAGGGUCAUAACUCCAACUUCCUUAAAAGUGAUGAGGGACUAUAAUGUGGAAGAAUGCAAGGCUGAAUAAUUACUACUUGACCCAAAAUUCAAACCCAUGACCUCUUGGUUGUGAACUGAGUGUCUUGGCCUCUACAUGACCAGUGAGCUUUGUACUUUUUUUUCUCAUGUUGUACAUAUACAUAUGUAUCUUGGAGCUCCACUUGAUCCUCUUCACCGAGUUCCACUGGUGACUAGAGUUUGGGUUGAUAUAUGUUCAUAAGAACAGGAUUUGGGCUGUCAUCGGCCACUUGGCAAUGACUGAAAAUUGUCAGCUGUAGCGGUGGGCAGGAGUUAAACCCAAGUCCUCCCGGACUCUGCGCCCACAUGCUGACCUCUCAGCCACCGCUUCAUGUCUUGAGAUAUAUAAUGUAAUAAAUCUUGGGUUAGAAAAUUGUAUGUAUUAAAUCAUCACUACAAUCAUGUAGUCUGCUAUUUUAGCGCAAACAAAUAUUAAAACACUAUGGGAAAAAAAAAAAAAUGUGAAAACUGUCUGCCUUAGUUUUGGAAUCUUGAUACAGUGUAUUUUUAUUAGAUCAAAGCUGCAUCGAUUGUUGGGUUCUCAUAUUUUAUAAUAUUUGCAAUUUUGUGUGAUCACACGUUUUGAUUUGGAAGACUGAAACCUUUGAAUCUAGUUAUUCAAGGUUCAUGUACUAUGUACAUGAAAUACACAGGAGAGGUAUAAAAUGUAGAAAUUAUUGUCAGGCAGGUACAUAAAAGCACACUGAGAUGAUAGCCUGCAUCAUAUUGAGAGAAAAAAGGACAAUAGUGCCAAAACAAAAAGCACAAAUGAUGUUGUUAGCUAAAGCAGAAGGGGAACAAUAGAAUGGAGUGGGCAAGGUUUAUAAAGUAGAAAUCACACACCAAGGUUGCACUCCUUAUGAGCUUGAAAGCUUGAGCCUAGUAAUCUUUGAGGAAAUUAUGACAUAAAAUAUCAGCAAGGAAGCUGCUGUUCUACCCAUACCAGGGUAUUAGGUGACAGCAAUGGAAUGGUGGGUGAGUCUUUGUGUCCUUCACUGGUUUUACCUUCAAUAAGAGUUAUUCCCAUUCUUAAGUUUUUUCUUGGUGCAUCCAGUAUGUUGCCCCAUAUGGGUAACAAUGCAAAUUUUAUGAGUGGGGAAGAAAUGUGAUGUUAUAUUGAUUUUAUCCAUUCCAUAAUAUCAGUUUGUUUGAAUUAUUGGUCUGUUAUAAAUUUCAAAAGGGAGAAGCUCAGCAAACUCAUGGAUUUUUUUUUUUUUCUUUUUUUUUCUUGGAUGGAUCUGAGACUUAAAAAGGCAUAUAUCAUAUAUCUCUGUGAUCUCCCUUAUGUACAUAACCCUUGUCUGACACCUUAUUCCCUCCACAGUCCCCAUUAAUGGGAUAGCCAUGAGGUCUUCAGCUUUGCUUAUUCAAACUCAUUUUUGUAUGUAUAUCUUAUGAUGUAUUUAUAUAAAUUAAAGUAAGCUGCUGCAUAAACUUGUCCAGUACUCAUAAGUUUUAUUGGAUUAGGAGUGUAGGUUGGCACACUGUUAACUGAAGUUUUGAAGAUGGAAAGCAUAAUGUUUUAAUUAAUUUUGUGUUUUUUGUACUAAAAAUUAAAGGAUUGUUAUAUGUACAUUAAAACUUCAGAAAAAAAAUAA